GCAGGGCAGGUGAUGCAUAUUUUCUUCGUGAGACUUGGGAAUAUAUUCAAGCAAUAAGCAGGAGGAAGCGGAAAUAACAGUCACUGUUGUAGUGUAGUUUUUAUGUGUGAGUCUGUUAAAUAAACGAAAUAAGACUUAAGUGUACGACAAAUACAAACAACUGUUUACUGAUCUAGUGUAACGUAACGAGUGCCUUGAUUCAUUCAGGAAAAAAAAAACAUUUAGUAUGAGAGAGUAGCGACUAGCCAGGGGAGUGUACUGUGUAUAUACUUUGUGACACAACACUUGACAACUCUUUGUCUCUUGCCUGCAUGACGCACACCUAAAUUGGAAGAGACGCUCAGCUGACGAAUUGCCAUCGGCACGUCGUAGUAUUUACACAGCAGCGCCCACAGCACUAUGUCAGCUGCGACGUCAACAUGAAUGGUCCCCACAGCAGCACCCACAGCGAGGACGUUUGGUCAUUGAUAUCACGAAGUGAGUCUUCGAGUCAUCUCCCAACCCACAACAUCUUGCGUGUUUCUUGCGUUGUGAUGGGCGCGGGCGUGGUACUGUAGCAUCCAGUUAAGAUGAGUGCUAAGAGGAAGCCUCGGACGCCCACGCCGCCCCUAGGGAAGGAGAAUGCAGACGAAGAGAGCGAGGAUUUAUACGCUGGCAGGAGAGUCUCUGUGUCUGAGUUCGAUGCGCAGGACUUCGACUGCGAGAGUGUCAGUUCCCCGGGGGCGUCCAGCACAUCAUCUGAACCAGGAUACGUCAGGCAACCCGGCUUUGAACAUCACGCCCAUGAGUUUCGAGCCACGCCGCCUACCCCUUUACUUGCGGGCGCUGGCACCUCGGGCGUGACCACCAACCUUUCAACCACCUUGGUGGGUGGACCGCCCAUCAGGACCUCCCUACACAAGUCCUCGGUGCUACAGUCUCCUACAGGAUCCCUCUCCUCCAAGGGCAGCAAGAAGAAGAAGAGUAACACCCAUGAGGCUCGUGGUGACAACAAGAGUGAUGGGUCACCAUCCCCCAACCCCGCCAGACCCAGGGGCAAAAAAGAUCCGUUGCCUAUGAAGUUGCGGGCGCUACCACAGAGCUUCUGGCUACAGCCCAACAAAAACAACAACCUGCCGCCAUCUUGCUCCACCCUCCCUCCCCUCAUCCUAGGCAAGGACUCCAGCGACGUGAUUGAUGUACGACCUGUGACGCCGCCAGCGGGGGAGGGGAGAGAACACAAGGAGAUGAAGAUAGGAGAAUGGGAGGAGUUCAAGGCGGAGAGGAUGAUCAAGGUGGGCAACACUGACCUCCUCUCAAGACUGUUCGACUCGGUGGAGCAAGUGGAUAAGAAGAAGGUGGCCGUCGUCCGGAGAGGAAGGCCGAAGAAGCCGCCAUCGACAGUGUUGCCACGUGUGUUGAGGGACGAUGACCCCUGUCUAGUGAGCACCUUUACGGAAUCCAUCUUGCCUCUUCUCAAGCGGAUAAGACCCCCGUCUCCUCCGGCUCCUCCACCCCCCUUGGUAUCCGUAUUGGAGAUGAUCAACCUUCGUGAUGGUGACCGCACCAUCUCCCUCCCAUCACUCAACGUCGAACACAAUUACACUCAGAUCCUGUCAGAGCUGGUCCUCAAACUGUAG